AUGGACUGUCUCCUGCUGGCCGUCUGGACUUUACCUGCUGCGAUCCUCGGCGGCAGCUCCAUGCAAUUCCAGACUCUCCCGUGGCUCGGAAGCGCUGUAAAGACCCUUCAGCUGUGUUGCCUCUGUUGCAUGUCUCAUGCGGCAACUUUAACCAGUGACAGCAUCAGUGAAUUGACUCAUGAUUAUGUGUUUGUGACACCUGUCAGAGUGGAUGCCAGCGGAUCGUACAUUUCACAUGAUGUUUUGCACAGUACUAGGAGAAAGAGAUCAACUCAGAGUUCAAAGAGUUCCUUGCACUACAAAUUUUCAGCAUUUGGACAGGAACUUCACUUAGAGCUUAAACCUUCAACCAUUUUAAGCAACAGUUUUAUUGUCCAGGUACUCGGGAAAGAUGGACUGUCAAAUUCUCAGGACCAUGAAAUUGAGCAGUGUUUCUACCAGGGAUUUAUAAGGAAUGAUAGCACCUCUUCAGUAGCAAUAUCUACGUGUGUAGGCUUGUCGGGUUUGAUACGGACGCGGCAGAUGGAGUUCCUGAUCUCCCCGUUACCUCAGCGCCUGGCCCGGGAGCACAACUACACGUCCCCCGCCGGGCACCACCCGCACGUGCUGUACAAGAGGACUGCAGAGGGGCAGGUGCACGGGCCCCCAGCCCGGCCCCAUCCCAAAUCCUCCCCCCGGGGCCGGCGCAGGACGCGCGCGCACCCCGCGCGCCCCAGCGGGUACCGCCACGGAAGGUUCCAAAAGCAGCAUUUUUGUGGACGGCGCAAGAAAUAUGCACCCAAGCCACCCACAGAAGAGACCUACAUUCGCUCAGAUGAGUAUGGGACUUCUGCGAGGUUUAAAAGAUCAUCUGCUAAAAUUCAGAAAAAUGGAAGUCUGAAUGUCGAAACCCUUGUUGUGGCGGAUAAAAAAAUGUUGGAGAAACAUGGCAAGGAAAAUGUAACAACAUAUAUCUUAACAGUCAUGAACAUGGUCUCUAGUCUGUUUAAGGAUGGAACAAUUGGAAGUGAUAUAAACAUUAUUGUUGUGAGCCUGCUUCUUUUGGAACACGAGCCUGGUGGGUUGUUGAUCAACCACCACGCUGACCAGUCCCUGAACAGCUUCUGCCAGUGGCAGUCUGCCCUGGUUGGGAAGAACGGGAAGCGCCACGACCACGCCAUCCUCCUGACAGGCUUUGACAUCUGCUCCUGGAAGAACGAGCCCUGUGACACUUUAGGAUUUGCACCCAUCAGUGGCAUGUGCAGCAAAUACCGCAGCUGCACCAUUAAUGAAGACACAGGCCUUGGACUGGCUUUUACAAUUGCUCAUGAAUCUGGACACAACUUUGGGAUGAUUCACGAUGGAGAAGGAAAUGCUUGUAGAAAAGCUGAGGGAAAUAUUAUGUCUCCCACACUCACUGGAAACAAUGGAGUGUUUUCUUGGUCUGUGUGCAGCAGGCAGUAUCUCAACAAAUUUCUCAGUACAGCUCAAGCUGCCUGCCUGAUUGAUGAACCUAAGCAAACAGGACAGUAUAAAUACCCUGACAAACUGCCAGGGCAGAUCUAUGAUGCUGAUACCCAGUGCAAAUGGCAAUUUGGAAUGAAAGCAAAACUAUGCAACCUCAGCUUUGUAAAGGAUAUCUGCAAAUCCCUUUGGUGUCACAAAGUGGGUCACAGGUGUGAGACAAAGUUCAUGCCCGCAGCAGAAGGAACAGCUUGUGGUAUAAGUAUGUGGUGCCGCAGAGGACAGUGUGUGCAGUACGGGGAGCACGGGCCCAAGCCUGUCCAUGGCCAGUGGUCUGCCUGGUCCCAGUGGUCCGAGUGCACUCGCACCUGCGGAGGGGGGGUCACCUAUCAGGAGAGACACUGCAAUAACCCAAAGCCGCAGUACGGCGGGAAGUUCUGCCAGGGCUCCGGCCGUGUGUACCAGCUUUGCAAUAAGCAGCCUUGCCCAGCAGGCAGCCUGGACUUCCGAGCCCUGCAGUGUGCAGAGUACAACAGCAAACCCUUCCGGGGCUGGUUCUACAAGUGGAAGCCCUACACCAAAGUGGAAGAGCAAGACAGAUGUAAAUUGUAUUGCACAGCUGAAGACUUUGACUUUUUCUUUGCAAUGUCCAGCAAAGUGAAGGAUGGAACUCUGUGUUCUCCAAAUAACUAUGAUGUUUGUAUUGAUGGAAUAUGUGAACAAGUAGGGUGUGAUCAUGGACUUGGUUCCAAAGCUGUGUUGGAUGCUUGCGGAGUUUGUAAAGGAGAUAAUUCAACGUGCAAGUUCUUUAAAGGCCAAUACUUGACCCAGCACAAAGCUAAUGACUAUUACGCGGUGGUGACGGUGCCGGCGGGCGCGCGCAGCAUCCAGCUGCAGGAGCUGCACGUCUCCCCCAGCUACCUGGCCGUGCGCAGCCUGGCCAGCAGGUACUACCUGACAGGAGACUGGACCAUCGACUGGCCAGGGAAGUUCCCUUUUGCCGGGACAGUUUUUGAUUACCAACGCUCCUUCAACCAGCCCGAGAGUCUCUUCGCGGCAGGACCCACUAAUGAGACGCUGGUCUUUGAAAUCCUGUUACAAGGCAAAAACCCUGGAAUUUCUUGGGAAUAUACCCUUGCCAAAAGCAGCAUUGAAAACAAGACAUCUGUCAGGAAGCACAGCUACUCCUGGGUGACAGUGCAGUCUGAGUGCUCAGCGACCUGUGGUGGUGGACACAUUACAGCAAAAGCAAUUUGUUUGGAAGAUCAUCGUGCACGAGUCAACGCCUCCUUUUGUGGCCCAAGGACAAAGCCUUUGACUGAAACCAAGCUGUGCAACACAAACCCCUGCCCAGCCUACUGGUCAGCAGGUGAAUGGAGCACAUGCAGCAAGUCUUGUGGAGGGGGACAGCAAAGUCGUCUCAUUCAGUGUGUCCAGAAAAGGGCUUUCCAAAGAGAGGAGGUGGUGGCCCAUUCCCUGUGCCCUGUCAGCACCCCAGCACAGGUGCAAGUGUGCAGUGCUCAGGACUGCCCACCCGAAUGGAGCCCUGGCCCCUGGUCUCAGUGCUCCAAGACUUGUGGGAGAGGUAUUAAGAAACGGGAUGUCUACUGCAAGAGUCCUGGUUCUCCCAAGGUGAAAAUCUUGCCUGAAAGCAUGUGCAGCACAGAGCCUAAGCCUGAGUCCCAGCAGACCUGUGUGCUCGGACGCUGUCCCAAAAAUGACCGGCUCCAGUGGGUGAUUUCUUCCUGGAGUGAGUGCUCAGCCUCCUGUGGGCCCGGCCUGCGGCAGCGAGAACUCAAAUGCGGUGAGAAGAGCGUCCACGGGAAAUUGGUCACCUUCCCCCAGAGGAGAUGCAGGAACAUCAAGAAACCAAACACCAGCCUAGAGGAAGCUUGCAACAAGGGAGCCUGUCCAUCACAGACAUUGUAUAACAUGGUGUCUGGCUGGUAUUCCUCGCCCUGGCAGCAGUGCACGGUGACCUGCGGCGGGGGAGUGCAGACGCGGAGCGUGCAGUGCCUGCGCCAGGGCAGGCCAGCUGCUGGCUGCCUGCCCCAGCAGAAACCAGCUGUCCUGAGAGCCUGCAACACCAACUUCUGCCCAGUCCCCGUGAAAAGAGAUGAUCCUUCUUGUGUGGAUUUCUUCACUUGGUGUCAUCUGGUGCCCCAGCACGGUGUCUGUAACCACAAAUUUUAUGGCAAGCAAUGUUGUAAAUCAUGUACGAAGAAGAACUGA